AUGGAAGCCUUAAAGUCUGAGAAUAAAAAGAGGGUGCUGCCCACAUGGAUGACAGCCCAGGUGGCUGAAAAGAGAGCCCCGCAGGUGAAGACCCCCAAGAGGACACCAGCCGCGGUGCCAGCGGCUGCAGCCAGAUUUCCUGCCAUGAGGACUGUGUACUGCAUGAAUGAAGCCGAAGUCGUCGACGUUGCUCUGGGGAUCCUCAUUGAGGAGGACCGAAAACAGGAAAAGCCGUUGGAGCCGCCACCUCUGGCAGGCGCUGAUAAGCCAGAGCGCUCCCCGGCCAGCCCAGCGCCACCGUCCCCAAGUCCCCACUGGAGCCGAAGCGAGGACAGUGAGGAAGAGGAUCGUGGGGCAGACGGCCCUGCCCCGGGGCCCACGGGUUCUGACGCGGCCUGCAGCAGAAGCCUCGAGGAAGACCAGGACGAGCUAAAAUACGUCAGGGAGAUCUUUUUCAGCUAAGGGACACACCUCCAGGACUUGCUGUUCAGAGCGGCUGAAGGGAGCUGGGCUUCCCUCUCAGCCUGAGUGCUGCCCUCAGACUGUGGCAGCUUCUGCCCCCAGCGUCAAGCCUCCCUGGGCUGGGUGGGUUCACCGGGGGACGUGAGGAAUCAAAAUGAGCUCCCCGCCAAAUUCCUGCUCUCUGCUCUCCCUUCUCAGGGGCCUGGGAGCUCGACAUUGUCCUAUUCAGGUACCUGGUUCCAGGGAAAUGAGAUCAUGGGGGUCAAACUGACUGGAACUGGAGAGUCAACUUAAUAAUUUUCCAGGAAAAACAAGUAUGGCUCCUAAGUACACUGCAAUUCCUAGGUUUGGCCACCUUAAGGAAGAAGCCUGUUUUUAAAAUCACUUCCAUCACGUGUCCGUCCAACCCUGAACUAGACACCUUCCCCCAGGGCUGGGCUCCCCCCUGCGAGCCUGCCUGUGGUUCCAUGUACAGAUUGGGAGGCCUCCCGACCAACCGACAGCCCUCCUCCCCUGGCCUGCCACCUUCUGCCACCUUUCUAGGCCUUGGCCUUGGUCCCCGGGCAGUUAGAAAGUAAGAAUGGGAUAGGAGCCCCAAAGAGACACAAAGGACAAGACCUCACACUGGAGUCCGUGUUUCUGCCUCUAUUCAGUGUGGCUUUGCACGGGCAUGGGAUGAGGCGAUCACGUGCUGUACAGAUUGUCAGUGUAACGGAUGCUGAAGAAUACACAAAGUGCCCCCGUG